AUGGGUAUUGCCCUCCACAACAUCCCGGACAUCCGGCGCUUCUACGGUUAUGAGCCCGCGGUUUGCUCCAAGAUUGACUUCUUUGCUGUGGACUAUCCGCCCAUCACCACUCAUUGCUGUGCUUCGCGCAUCACCGCCGAGAACCCGGAUGAGGGUUUCAAGCCCACAAGUGGCAAGAUCAACAGCGUUCGCUUCCAAUCCUCGGGCGACUGCUGGGGCUAUUUCUCCGUGGGCCUCAGGGGUGGCAUCCACGAGUUCGCAGAUUCGCAGUUCGGGCACAUCUUUGCCAAGGGCCCCAACCGCGAAGCCGCGCGGAAGAGCUUGCGCUUCGCACUGAUGAACCUGGCUACUGGGGUAGAAUUUAAAGUAAGGGGUAUAUAG